CACUGAGUUUGACAUUUUAGAGUUCGGAUCGGAAUUUCUUUCGGUCUAGUUGAGAUUUUCGUGAAUUAUUUCUAUCUUCACAAUUUUUCUACUAAAAUUUUUAUAUGAAGUCUAAAAUACUGAAAUAACUAGCUUUUUUCGAAGACUAGGACUUACGGCUGAAUACAAUACUUCAAAAUGCCACCGCCCAAAGGGAAAGCCCCUACCAAAGGUGCUAAACAAAUUUUAAUGGAAAACUCUGCCACAGUGAGUUUCUACAGGAAUAUGGCGGUCGGUGCAGGGGUGUUCCAUGUGCUUCUUCUGAUUUGUGUCUAUGCUGAUAGUGUGACACCUUUCAAUAUUUGCAUGAAUGUGUUAGUGAUUUCACUGAAUGCAACAUGCUACCACCUGAUGAGGAGCAUGAGCCAACCGAAGUAUACUGACAACAAUCAGUUAAUUGAUCCUGGACUUGAUCUCAAUAUGGAAGGCGGCAUGGGCGAACAUAUCAAGGAUGUGGUUAUUCUCACAUCAAUCACUCAUAUCCUGGCAAUCAUUACUAACUACUUCUGGCUGCUCCUGAUAUUCAUGCCCAUUAGAGCCUUCUGGUUAUUGUGGAAGCACAUACUCGGACCAUGGUUUUUCCAAGAAGCUCCUCAAGACACUGAGCAGGAUGAGAAGAAAAGGAAGAAAAUGGAAAGGAAAAUGAAGAGGUACCAACAAUAAGUUUACAUACAUGACUGUAAAUUUUAUAUUAUUUAUUUAAGUAACUAUAAAAAAUUGUCCUAAUUCAACAUGGACACAACACAAAACAUUGUAUUUUAUAAAAUUUCUUACACUGAACACAAUUUUUAUUAAAGCUUAAAAAUUAAUACAAUAUUUUAUCCUUUAUAAUAUAUUUCCUGUACAUAGUACUUGUGUAUUGAUAAUGUUCAUAACUGAAAAUUACCUACAUCAUAAAAUCUUGAUUAUGUAAAAAAUUUGCAUAGGUAAAAAUACAUUAUUAAGUUCUUACAUUAUAUUAAAAAAUAUAUUCCUGCAUAAUCCUAAUACAUAUAAUGUAGAUCAUUUUACAAUAUUUCCUAAAAGGUACUUUAUGUUUUACAAAAUUAUUAACUAAGUAUUUUUAAUGAGUUUUAUCAAUGUAUUUUUGUAAAAGCAGUAUAACAAUUUAUGUCAUUUUGCAACAAAAAUUAUAGUCAGUUAACAAACUUAUCUUAAUAAAUAACUUUAUUUAUUUAUCUGAAGUUGUAUUAGGAAUUUAUUGUUAGUACAUUUUAUUUAAUUCAAAGAUUUUAUUAUUUUAGAGAAUAAACACAAAUUUGAUAUUUGUGGAAUGAUCAUCAUCUUACAUAAUAAAUUGGUGUUGUUUAUAAAAUAAAUAUGUAACCUUAUAAUUCUUCAAAUAUACAUACAGUAGAAUCUCGAUUAUCCGAACUCCGAUUAUCCGGAUAUCCGAUUAUCCGGACUCAUUCUUCACGGUCUCUAAUUACCGAUUUAGGGUCUGGACCCAUAAAAACGGAAGGCGCCGCCACCGUAAUACGGUACGGACUUCGUAUUAGUUCAUUGUUAAAAGAAAUGGAUCCAUCCAAUGGUCUAAAAUUUAGAUUUUCAGAGUAUAAAUGUUGUAUUGAAAACCCUUUCUAUUGUAAAAAGUUAAUUAUUGUUUCAUUUUACUGUGAAAUCGAUUAUCCGGAUUUUCGAUUAUCCGGAACACCCCUGGUUUUAAUUGAUCCGGAUAAUCGGGAUUCUACUGUAAUUAUCUUGGACGAAUAAACCACGGUAAAAAUAAACGUGGUUUAUUCGUCCAAGAUAAUUAUCCAUGUGAGUAGACCAUUCGUUCUUGUAUUUUUGGUUUGGGGCUAUAAAAAAUAUUUAGAUUUAAGAGUGCUCAAGGAUUCAUUAUUUAGGCAGUUGGUGUGGAAGAAUCUUGAAUUUUCUUGAACAAUGAUGCAUCUUGUUACAAAACAACAUGUUUGUAUUACUUUUAUUACUUAUUUGUAUUCAGGUGCCUAAGCGUAUUUUAAAAUAUGUAUGUAAUGUAUUUAACGAAAAUUUUAAACAUGUUGUUAUUUUACGAACAAUUUUGUUGAGAUACUUUUAGUAAAUGACUGUACUACGGAAUUUCGAAUCGAUUAAUAAAAAAUUGGAGAGUAGGUUUGCUGAGCUGCUUUGCAACGGAACUGUCAUAUUUAUUACAAAAACGUACGUAAGGAGUCCAUUCCUAUUUUGAGGUGUAUUUUUUGCUGUUUAAAAUUAAUUUAUGAAUAUGAAUUUGUGAAAUCACGUAAAAAUAAAGAAUUGUUGGUGCAAGAUGGAUUUCUGUAUAGUUUGAAUAAAAAGUGCGUUCGAAGAGCAUGUUUAAGUUGUGGUGUUGCUGCAAUUACAAAAAAGGUCGGUGAAGAAGUACCAAGAAGAAAUACCUUCUACGUCGGGUGCGCGUAUGACAACCAAAGAGGCGAUGCGUUGGGUUAUUCACCCGGAAAGAAUCCGAAAUGGGCCCAGCCUACUAUUUCUUAUUAAAGUAAUAUUUUCUGAUACAUCUCCAAUUCCGAAACAGUACAAUUUCGAAAUUCCGUAGUACAGUCUUAGUAAGUAAGUGUUAAGCCCUAAAUCUAGUUCUCGUAAGUUUUCUCGACUGAAUGUUUCUAAGCUAUCAAAUAAACAUUUCUGAACUUAUA